UGUCUUCCAUUGUAUUGCAGGAGGCCAGAUGUGCGUAUGUCAUCAUCAUCAUGGCUGUUUUCUGGUGCACUGAAGUUAUCCCACUGGCUGUUACUUCCCUCAUGCCUGUUGUAUUUUUCCCUCUACUUGGAGUUCAGGACUCUAAAACGGUGUGCUUCCAGUACCUAAAGGAAACAAACAUGCUUUUCAUUGGGGGGCUGAUCGUCGCAAUUUCUGUUGAACAGUGGAAUCUCCACAAAAGGAUUGCACUGAAGGUCCUGCUGAUGCUUGGGGUGAAACCUGCACUCCUCAUGCUGGGAUUUAUGGGAGUCACUGCCUUCCUGUCCAUGUGGAUAAGUAACACAGCCACUACUGCUAUGAUGGUUCCCAUUGUCCAGGCUGUCUUGGAUCAAAUGGAUAGCACGGAGCAGGAUCUGCCAAAGAUGGAACAAACGAGUGGGCAAACUAAUGCAGUGAUUGAGCUGGAGGAAAAGGACCCAUCAGAUCCCACUUCAGUGCAGGUCAUAAGCAAUGGACAAGUCCCAGAUGACCCCAUAUCUUCUGAGGAAAAGGAAACAAGGAAACGUAUAUGCAAGGGAAUGACACUUUGUGUAUGCUAUGCUGCCAGCAUUGGAGGAACUGCAACACUCACUGGAACAGGGCCCAACCUUGUGUUGAAAGGCCAAAUGAAUCAGUUGUUCCCCGACAAUAACGAUGUCGUGAAUUUUGCUUCCUGGUUUGGGUUUGCGUUCCCAAACAUGCUUCUGAUGUUGACACUAGCUUGGCUUUGGCUACAGUGCUCCUUCAUGGGCCUAAACUUUAAAAAAAGCUGGGGCUGUAAGACAGAGAAAUCUGCUAAAGAAAAAGCUGCAUACAACAUGCUGAAGGCAGAAAUGAAGAAAUUAGGCCCCAUCUCUUAUGCUGAAUUCAAUAUCCUCGUGAUAUUUGUUUUGCUGGUUCUAUUGUGGUUUAGCAGACACCCAGGCUUUGUAAGAGGCUGGGCCACGAGACUCUUCCCAAAAGGAGAAAAGUUUGUCACUGAUGCCACUGUUGCUGUUUUUAUUGCCCUGCUACUCUUUAUCCUUCCUGCCAGUAAACCCAAGUUCUUGAACUGGAAUCGAAGCAGUUCUGACCCUGAAAAGACUGAAGAAGAUACGAAAAAUUCAUUUUCUUCAGCCUCGCUGCUAGAGUGGAAUGCAGUUCAGAGGAAGAUGCCCUGGGGUAUUGUGCUGCUGCUGGGAGGAGGCUUUGCUUUGGCUGAUGCAAGCACGGAUUCUGGGCUCUCAGCUUGGCUGGGUCAGCAGAUGACUCCACUAGCAUCUGUUCCACCGUGGGCCAUUGCUGUAAUAGUUUCACUUGCUAUAGCUGUCUUCACUGAAUGCACCAGUAAUGUUGCCACAGCCACUCUCUUCCUACCUGUCUUUUCAUCCUUGGCCGUCUCUAUCAAGAUCAAUCCUUUGUAUGUUAUGCUGCCUGGUACUCUGAGUUCCUCCUUCGCCUUCAUGUUACCUGUUGCGACACCUCCAAAUGCAAUAGUGUUCUCCUAUGGCCACAUCCAUGUGUUGGAUAUGGUUAAAUCUGGAAUAGUGAUGAACAUCAUUGGAGUCGUCUGUGUCACACUGGCCAUCAACACAUGGGGAAGACCUAUGUUUGACCUGGACACAUUUCCAAGCUGGGCAAACAGCACACUAAGCCGCGAGCAGUGAAGAGUGCACGUGUUAAACAAGGAAAGGACUCUAUACUACUCCCCAUUGCCCCAAGCCCUGUAUAGAGUCUUGUCACCACUUCAGAUCCAGUGUUAGGUGCCUGCUGCCUUCUGGGAGUCACACAUCAGAUAUGGCAUGACCAAACUCAAAACUUAUUGCAGCCAUGAUGGAGCCAAAAGUGCUGUUUAAUUACACCACCCCAGGGAUCUGUGUCUGGAUCACAGGUAUGAUUAAGUGAUCCAAGGUACCUCCAAUCAAGGUAGAGAUUUAGAAUUUAUCUAGCUCUAAAUAAAGAGAAGGCAGGCUGUUGUAUCAAAUGGGUUGAACUAUUGUAUGACUAGUAUGUAUCUGUAAAGCAUUAACAUAGAACACUGCAUUCAUGCAAGGGCUGACAAUUCAUUAAUUACUUCUUACAUCCACAAGUCAGCAGCUGCACAGAGAAAUCUCUGCUGUCACUUGUCUAGUGUAAGAAAGGGUUUGGUUGUGUUGUGUUAUAUUUUAGUCUGGCCUCACUUACAUAGUGGAAUCCUUCGAAGUCAACAUCCAGCCAUGUUUUCCAUUGGCCUGCUUUCACUCUCAAAUCUCACUGCAUUUAGACACCCUUGUUUGAGGGCUGAGGUAACUUAAUUCCAUGCUGGUCAUGAUUCUGCUGCUGUCUUGGGCAAUGAAGUCAUAAGGCUGGCUUUGUUUUUCUUACACUGUGGCACUGGCAAGGCCAGGAGCCGUUCUGUCUCUUGGCCCCAGGUACAUAUGUUUUCACAUGCCAACCAGUGCUUUGUUAGUGCCAGCUUGCAGGUGAUGGGUGACCCACGGGACUUCACAUCUAUUUGGAAGUUCCUGAAUUAGCCCCUGAAGUGCCUUAUUAAUUAGCUUUAGAAUUCUGGAGUGGAGACAAGGCCUGAAAAAGGCUCUAAUUGAAGUGGAAACAGCCUUGUAAAUAUCUAGGGACCCAAAUCUUAGGUCUUGGGCUAGCUAACAGCAAUGGGAAUUGUCUCGUGUACUUUGGAGUUCAUGUCCUGCGAGAGAAGUAUUUUGUAGCACCUGUUUACAACUGGACUAGCAGCUAUCAUUUCCAAAGCAGCAGAAGUCUGUAGAAAGGCUGAUGCUGGUCUGGGUGCAUUCUGCCAGUGAUACUUGGAUGCUUUUGAUUUAGCCCUGGAGAAAAAAUGAGAGGGAACUAAGGUAACGUGUUACAGUGGAGAGACGUGCAGGCAUGACCUGAAUUCUGCUCGCAGACAUGCUGUGCAGCUUCAGGCAAGUCAAUUCAUCUCUUUUCACCUCAGUUUCCCCUUCUGAAAAAUGAGGUAAUGGUACCUACCUACUUCACAAGGCUGUUGUGGGGACAUAAGGACCCAAUUCUGCUUCCUUAGUAAUCUUCCACCUCAAGAUAAAGGGUGCACGGUCUGACCUCUAAUAUGGUAAUGCUGGGAUAUUUAAUAGUUUUUUUUACUAACAUGACUGUUUUUUAUAGAACUGGAAAAGUAAUUCACAUUUUGCCUUUCAAGGUGAGGAAAGUAUUUAUCCACAAAAUCAUCAGGUGCUUUUCUGAGCAGAAAGCUACUUCAAUAAUGAUUUGAUUUUUGUGCCUGUUUCUUUUUUGCUCUUUUGAGGUGCUGGGCACCAUAAACUCUCCGCUUACUCUUGCUCCCUGUGCCUCCAAAAAAAGUAUUUUUUUGUCUAACUAACUGGGUGCCUGCGGUGCAGCCCGGUACCUCUUCCAUGGACUGGCAGGGCCAGGACAAAGCAAGUAGUGAUGCAGUUUUAUGGUGGAUAAACACCAUUCCUUAUGCAGAGUCUGUCUAAGGAAGAGGGCAGGCAGUUCUAGCGUCAAGUGGCUUGGUGACAGAUAAUUGUCAACAGCCAAAGCUUAUCACAGUAUUUGUUUGAAGGAAAUGAAACCCGGGACAGCUGGGCACCUUCUGUGCUUUGGAAAACACCACUCAAUGCCUAUUUGCAUCUGUAGGUACUUAAAUGCAUUUGAGAAAGAGGCCUUUUUGGACUUCUGUUGUCACUCAUGGACUUUGCAAUAUGAGGACAUUUCACCACUGCAGGGUAAUUCGCAGUGCGUGCUCUUUGCUGCUGCAAGCAAUGUGCAUGGAAGGUGCAUUGUUAGGGCUAUUGUUGAACUUGCCUAUCUCAGUUCAUGCGGAUCAAAGCUGCUCUAAAAACAUUUUCUGCUAAAAGCUGUAGCAUAGGCACUUCCCUAUCCCUUGUGCAGAAGGGAAUGUUCUGAAAGUUUCUUGAAGGGGAGAAAGUGCCCUCAUCUCAGCUAAGGGAUAGCUUCCCUCUGUUGCUGUGCAAGUAGAAAUGAGAUGUUAUAUUAUUGAAUAGACACACACAGAGAUUUAUUGACAGGAAUUGCACGGUAGGGGGAAUGUACAUAUGUGGAAUAAAGAACUCCGGUUGUAUUAUAACUGUUGUGCAGUCACCUCUCUGUCCUCCAAAUAGCAAAUCUUUCUUUCUGAAACACUUUUAUGAUAUCCUAUGAUUGACUUGUAUUUAAUUUAAAUGGGUGAGUUGAAGAAUUAGAGCUUGGCAAAUAAAAAGUAAGCAGAACUGUCUUCUCUCUGA